GGUAUGCUUCCCGCGGGCGUUGCCGAGUAGCGCGCUCGCUCUGCCGCUGCCGCGUCCCUCGACCCGUCCGCCCCCCAGGCCCAGGACCAGCACCGGCUGCACAGCACCAUGGCUGGCAGCGAACGCGAACAGGCCCUGGCCCAUGAGCCCGCCUCCCCCUCGGACGCGCGCGAACGGCCUUGGCUGCUUCCAUACAACCGGAAGCUCAGGCACCUCCAGGGCAUCACUGUCCGCAACCUCACCCUUGUCCCCGCACCGUCGCGGCCCCGCGGCAAGACCAUUGAUGACGAUGCGAUACCGAGCACGCUCAAGUCGCCCACCAAGACAUUGGCCUUGCGCGAGAGCAGGGGCCUGACCCAUUCGCGGUCAUCAAGCCAUCUCAAAGGCCACGCCAGCAACAAGGAGGCCGCGCCGCCGUCACCGCCCGAGAAGCCGAAGCGGCCCGGCACGACGGGCGGGCUCCGUAGGAGGAGCACCUUGGAGUGGAUGGGCGCGAACCCCUUGACCAGGCAAAAGAAGCUGGAAGACAUUACCGACAGCCGCAUGGCCGACACCUUCUUCACGAUACACGUGGACGGCCAGGAGGACCCCGUGUACAUCUCCGAGGUCGCCGAGAGGGCAAUGAACCCCAACUUCCGAUUCUUCGACCUCUCGUCGUCCGGACCCAGUGUCACGCGACUUGACAAGCUCACCGUGAACGUGUGGGCCAAGCACGGCCCGGACGACUGGCACCAUCUGAUGCAGUUCACGGCUCACCUGGGUUCACUCCAGUUCAUUGGAAAGACUCUGGGCAACUAUGGGCAUCCUCUGCCGCAGAACUGCAUCCUCUUUCACAUGACGGACGGCAUCUACACCAGCUUCGCCGACAUGCCACUCGCAGACCAGCUUCGCGCUAACAACCUUGCUCCGCCAAAGGAAACUUCGGAGGGAAUAUUUCAGAGCUCCUCGUACGACGCCAUCAUGCGACUGAACACGCUAGACGAUUGCAUCCAGGACGCUUUGGCGACACGAGAUCGUUUGGCGGAAGACAUAGAAAUUAUACUGCAUGAGAACCGAACAGCAAUCGACACCGUGGAGCAGGUCCCGGAAGCCGAAGAGCGGGUCAAGAUGGUCGAGGCCGCUGUGAUCGCUGAGAAACGCCGGGUCGAGGCGGCGCGGCGGAGGGUCGAGGAAAAAAAAGCCAACACUCGCCGCCGAAGAGAGCUCAUGCACUCGGGGCGAGCAUCGCAGUCUGAGAAGAGUGAAGAAAUGAGAAAAGAGAGGCAAUGGCAUGCAGAGCUAAAUGGCUCCAACGCGCAUGUACGAGACGAGAUUGCUGGACAGCGAAGAAGAUUAUGCGAGGACCUUCAGAUUGUAUAUCCCAUUGAGCCCGUCAAGGGAAAGGCGUUGUUAUUCACGAUCCGUGGGCUUCCGCUACCAAAUUCCCAAUUCGAGGACGCUAAAGAAGACGUGACGUCCGCAGCACUGGGUUAUGUUGCAGAAAUGGUUUCACUUCUUUCACUAUACUUUGAUAUGCUACUACCAUACCCCAUCAAGGUCAGUGGAUCGACCUCGACCAUUGACGACCCUCUCGCUACGAGCACCGCCAAUCACCCUGGACCUCGCACCUACCCGCUCUUCACGAAAGCCGUCGUCCGCUAUCGUUUCGAGUACGGUGUCUUCCUCCUGAACAAGGACAUUGAGAUUUUGUCAAACAAUAUAGGCAUUAAACCUCUAGACAUCCGACAGACCCUGCCAAACCUGAAGUACCUACUUUUUGUGGCAACAGCGGGUAAAGGCGAGCUGCCUCUGCGAAAAGCGGGCGGGAUCAAGGGCUUGUUGAGGCAGCAGGGUAUAUUGUCACGUACAGCAAGCAUGGACAGCACCGGAACUGCUAGCAGUGCCGGCACUGCUGUAGCUGAGCCAAAGCCCAGGAUCGAGAUACGUGCUAAUGGGCGAGACCAGGUGAAAGUGUCCGGAUCCGAUGAGAACCAUGUUAAUUCCGUCGGUGGGUUGCAUAAAAAGGGCAACGAUGUGCUACCGGGGAGUCCGCUCAAGGAGGUGGGCUAAAUUCUGACGUGGUCGCGAAGUCUCCUUCUCGUUCUUGUGGAUACUUCACUUUUGGACUAGCGCAGCAAGCAGAUUCGACUUUCGUCGAUGCCGGCUUCAAUUUCCACACACUUACUUCACCUCACCUCUAUCCGUGUAUUGCUCUACGCCUCUGAAAUCACUCCCGUGCGGUGUUGCAUGGCUUGCCCCUAUCAAAGGAGCCAUGGCUACAUUACUACUCUCCAACGCAGACACGCCGCCACGCGCUCCUGACCGCACCUUCCAUGACGCUAUCCUUGACGCACUUGCCACCAAGAACGGA